AUGCCAGACGCAAGUCCUAUCCACGCUAGCUCUCUCCCCUCUUACAGCCAAGUGGCUUGCAUUGGGGCCGGAGCAAGUGGCAUUGCGCUGGGAGCCACGCUGAAAAGAUGGUAUGGCUUAGAGGACAUCCAAUACUUCGAGCGCCAGGCCGACUGUGGUGGAACGUGGCAUAUCAAUACCUACCCCGGUUGUGCAUGCGAUGUGCCUAGUGCCUUAUACAGCUUCUCAUUUGCGCCUAACGCUCGCUGGAGCAAGCUGAUGCCCUCGCAGAAAGAGAUCAAGUCAUAUCAGGAUGGCGUUGUUGCCGAUUAUGGACUGAGACAGAAAAUGAAUUUCUGCACAGAGGUCAAACAGUGUAUAUGGCGUGAAGAUGCAUCGCGAUGGCUUCUGUUGCUGCGCAACGUCGAUACUGGGGCAGAAUGGGCACACGAAUGCCAGGUCCUUUUUUCCGCUACAGGUCACUUUGCGCAGCCGCGAUCGUGCAAUUUCCCUGGAUCUUCAUCAUUCGAAGGUGCCAUGUUCCAUUCGGCGCAAUGGGACCACAGCGUCAGUCUAAAGGGCAAGAGGGUCGUGGUUAUUGGAAAUGGAUGCACCGCAGCGCAGAUUGUACCUGCUCUUGUCAAGCAGACGAAGCAUGUGACGCAGAUUAUUCGAUCCCAACACUGGAUCUUCCCUGCGACCAAUUUCACCUACCCCAAGGUUUUGCAGUGGAUCUUCCAGUACGUUCCUUUCGCAAUGAAGCUCCAUCGAUUGCAUAUUUUCCUGCUGGCUGAGAAUGGCUUUCGCCUGUUCCCAAUGACAGCUCGUGCCGCAAGGCUGCGGCAGAAGCGCAGAAGGGAGGUCGAAAAAUAUAUGAGAGAUACCGCGCCAGCCAAGUACCACGAUAUCCUGAUUCCGGACUUCGAGGUGGGAUGCAAGCGACGGAUUUUCAAUGACGGAUAUCUCGAAUCCCUUCACAGUGCCAAUCUUGAUCUCACAAUGGCCAAAAUUCUUGAGAUCGUUCCAGAAGGCGUGCGAACUUCCGAUGGAGUCAUUCCUGCCGACGUCAUUGUCUUAGCGACGGGUUUCGAAACAAACCAAUUCACGCCCUUCAUGGACAUCGUGGGCCGCGAUGGAAGCCUGCAUGACCACUGGAAGAGAUAUGAUGGGCCCGAAGCUUAUAACAGCUCUGCCAUGAGUGGCUUCCCAAACUUCUUCAUGCUCUUCGGGCCCAACGCAGGGACUGGCCAUACUUCGGCAUUGAUGGCUGCAGAAAACUCCGUCAACUACGCACUCCGUGUCCUUAAGCCAGUCUUCGAUAAACGAGCAGACGCCGUCGAGCUUUCUCCGACUGCGGAAGACGAGUAUUCCAAGGCGGUUCAAGGUGCCUUACAAAAGCGAGUUUGGAAUGCUGGUUGUCAAUCAUGGUAUAUAAAUGAGAAGAAUUGGAAUGCGAUGGCUUAUCCUUGGACUCAAGCCUAUUUCUGGUACAGGAGUUUAUUUCCAAUCAAGUCCCAUUGGAUUAAGAAGACACGGCCAGGUGGCGCAAAGUCUGGGACCAGCAAAUAUUGGCUGAGCUUGCCGUUUAUGCUUGGGUUGGGCGUCUCCUUGGCCUACAAGGAGAUACUUUUGGCUGCUGUCCCCAGGAGCCUGGAGUUUGGCAACAAGAUACUCUCGUUCAUUCAUGGAUAUGCAUCUGAUACGCUAUCCAGACAUUAG